UUGCCACGCGCUUCAGCAAGAUGGCUGCAGUUCUUCGAGCAAAUCAGGAGUGCAGGCUGUAAGCCAGCGGUCCACAUCACUACAGCAGCGCUUAUUCCGGCUGCGUGUGCGCGUGUGUGUGUGUGUGUGACUGUGUGUGUGAGCCGACGCCAGUGGACCGAGAGGGUCACUUCUGACAAGUGAGAUGGUGAGAGGGGGGAGGGAGUGAGGCCAUGGGCUGCACCUCGGCUAAGCAGGUGUCGGCUGUGCCCAACGACGAAGAGGGCCGGGGCAAAGCCUACAGCAACGGAGACCUCUUCACUGAUGAAUAUAAGAUGAAGGGAGUGGAGGAGGUGAAGUACAUGCGUGGAGAAGAAGACCGAGUAAACGCACGCAACCAGGAGAACCUGGAGAAGAGCUCGACGCAGCACAGGACCAAACAGCACAAAGAGGUGCCUGGGCCCAGCGCCAACAAGACGAACAUACAUACGUCAGAGAGUCAGCAGGAGUUCUUCAGAAUGCUGGAUGAGAAGAUUGAGAAGGGGCGGGAUUACUGCUCAGAGGAGGGAGGAGGAGGAUGUGACAUAGCAGAGAGGCGCCAGAUCUUGCCAGAGAUGGAAAUAGAGAGAGUGUGAACUCAAAAAAUCAGUGUUUCCUAUGUCUGUAACACUCUGUCGGUCUGAGAGCGAGUGUGCGUGCGAGUGCGUGAGAGCGUGUACUUGUGAGAGCGAGAGAAUGCAGGACUUUUCCUCAUGGGCUGUUGCACCCUUGACCCCUUCUCCUCUCUUGGGGUUGCCUUGCUUGGAGAUCUAGAUGGUUUUGAGUGAAGAAAGAACAGCUUGAUUGAUGUAUUAUCAACACCGACUCACUCUGACGUGAAAUGAGGACCCCCGUCCCCCUCCGCACCUCUCCUCCUAUGGCCAGCAUUGAAACGACCCCCUUCCUCCGCCUGGCUGUGACGGAAGCCAUCUGAGAGAGAGAAAAAGAGAUUAUGUCAAGGAGAGUGAGAUGAAAGGAUAUGGAGAGAAAAAUGAUGACAUGCCCCUCCCAGUCCUUGUUUUAAGUGGCAGGCCAGAGAAAAACUGACAUAUGGAGGAACCAGAAAAGAGCUUACGAACAUCCUCUAGAGAUAACGGGGAGUGAAUGUAAAAAUGGAGUGUUGUGGGUUUUUGGGGGGAGAAAUGAUUGAACGAGAGAUAUUUUAUGAAGAGCGACUAUAUGAACGAACUGGCUGAUUAUUUUUAUAUUUUGAUAAGAGCGUCGUGGCAAGUUUUU